GGUGGUUGACUACCUAAAAUCUACAAAUAAAGACAUGGAACCCAAUCUCAAGUUGGAUUUGAAGCUGAACGAGUAUUUACAAAAAGGAGAAACUGUUCUCAACUUUGAAGAGUUUAUUGAAGUACUUGAAACCGUGAAAAGUCUUGGCUGGUCCAAGUUUGAAAACGACAAGAAUGAAUCCACGAUAAGUGAUCUGGACAUGCGUGGUAUUUUCAAAAUGGUGGACGUGGAUAAAAGUGGAACUAUUUCUAGAACAGAACUAAAAAUGGCCUGCAAAUAUCUUGGGAAGCGAUAUGGAAUAAACGAUGCUGGAACCUGGCAGGGUUUAAUGAGAGCAGCAGAUUCAGAUGGAGAUGGAAAACUCAGCUACGCAGAGUUUAAACAAAUUAUUCAAAUGGCAGAGAAUUCGAUAAGAGUAAAGAACUUGAAAAAAUGAGAUGUUGUUUUGAAAAAUUAGUCAUGAAAAAAUACCAAAUUAAAAAGCAAAGACCUAAAUUGAUAAUUAUGUUAAAGAAUAAGGUGUUUUGCCACAACCUCUGACUUUCUAUUCCCUAUAUCUUUACCCCCAUUGUCGAAAACUUUAGAUAUAUUUGAAACUAUGAAUUAUUUUGGAUCAAAUAAUUUAUGAUUAAAAUAUAAAAGGUUUUCACCACCAGGUUGCAACGAUAAAGGAAUUCGAAAAUUAGAGUUUGUGACGACAAAGACUUAACUCCGAGGCUUUAGAGUGAAUCAAUAAUUUUAACAUAUUUUCCAUUUAAAGGGGAAUGGGUAAAGUUAAGCUCAAAUAACAAAUAUUCAUGCCUUUAUUUUUGGAACUAUUUUAUUGAGACUUUGCAUGAUUAACUCUAGGAGUAAAUUUUCAAAAUGUAUUAAAUAAAAAAAAAAUUUUCCCUCAUUUUCCUUGUUUUUCUUAUAUAAAAAUAUUUUUUCCUUAUUUUAAAUACAAAUUUAGCCUGUAUUAUGUUGGGUAAUUUCCUUUCUGAUAUUUUUGAUUCUGAUAUUUUGGAUGAAUUAGUUUUUUUUUGUUUUUCAUUAUUCUGGUUUCCCCCAUUUUACCCUUGGAUAUUGGAUUUGAGUUCAAACUUGAGAAUCAAUAAAGCGAGACAAGAGAACUAUUUGGCUGUAAAAUUGUGCCAAAUAAAAAGAUACCGGCGGAAAAAUACUUUGAUGGAGACAAACUUAAAUCAUUGACACCAAGGAGCAGGGUUUUUAGGUUCCAUGGAAUGCAUGGCUGCACAAAUAUAGAACCCAAGAAGUAGGAUUUACAGGAAUGAACCUGUAAAGAACCCAACAUUUAAGAAAUAUAAGUUGGAGUAAUAUGGAUAUAUAUUUAGAACCCAUCAAGGAGAAGCAUAUAUAGGUAAAAAUACAGUGCAUUCGGAAAGUAUUCAAAAAUGAAAUCUCAGCACAUAAUUGAGUAACAUCAGAACAUGGCACAAAGGCAAAAAAUUGGAGAAUUAAAAAUUGCAAAAAUCCGCUAUAAAUGCAAGUUUAAGAUUUUUUUUGGUUUUCUACAACUUUUUCCAGACCUAAAUAUAUCAAUAUUCCAUUUUCCUGCAAAAUCUAAAAAGAUUAUAUUGAAAAAUAAAGAUGUGAACCCUUUAACAAUUUAUUUUGUCUUUGAUGACGGGAAC